UUUUUUUUUCUAUUUUUUCUAUAUUAAUAAUGUCUUCAUUCGUUCAAGAAGUUAAAAACAAAUUCGAUGCUGCAAAAGAAAAUGAGCAAUUGUUUUCUUUUGAUUCUACUACCGUUGAAAAGGAAUCGAAUGGAAUGAAUUUCAAAAUCACUUUAGUUCCUGCUCUUGCACAAAAGAAGUCUAAUCAAAAGGUAGAAGAAGAUGGAAAGAAGUGCAAUCCUUUUGAAAACCCUGAACCUGCUUUAGUUGUCAAAGAACUUGAUGAACAUCGUAUUUUGUUGAAUAAAUACGCUGUUAUUCCUAACCAUUUAAUUAUUGCUACAAAAGAGUUCAAAAAACAAAGUGAACCUCUUAUGCCUAACGAUCUCUAUGAGUCUUUCAAAGUAUUAAAGGAUUUCGGUUCUUCUCAACCUGCACUUGCUUUUUAUAAUUGCGGAGAAGAAUCAGGUGCUAGUCAAGGACACAAGCAUAUGCAAGUACUUCCUUUGCAACAUGAAAGUAAUCCUCAACCUCCUGUCAAGAAACUUUUCGAUGAAAUUCAUGAUCGUCAUGUUGGUCAGAUCUAUGCCAUUAACAAGCUUCCUUUUGUUCAUGUUAUCUUGCCCCUUGAUAACAAUAUCAUUCGUAAUGCAAACACAAGAGAAGAGUUGACAGAUUAUCUUGUACAAAUGUUCUUUGGUAUUUUGGAUGCCAUGUUCCAACAAUUACGUGAAAAUGCUCAACCUUUAAAUACUUCUUAUAACUUUUUGAUGACUCAAGACUUUAUGAUGCUUGUUCCCCGUUCAAACGAAAAAGCCAGUAUUGAACAUAACGGUAAGACAUUUGAAUUUUCCGUAAAUUCAUUAGGAUUUGCUGGUCUUUUAUUAUGUAAGACUGAGGAAGAAUUAGAAGUAUUAAAGGCACAAGAUAAUUUAAUGGACAUCUUGACUCAAGUUGGUAUUCCUUGGGAUCCUAAAGCUUCUGAUAUUGAAGCUGCUAGAGAACUUGCUGCUGAUGCUGAAUUGGCUUAGAGAUAUAUAUUUUAUCAUAUGUAUACAUAAUGCGCAUAUAUUAGCAUAGAUAUCAUUUUAAAUAGAUCAUAUUAUACAUUUAUUUCAUUUCA